AGGGCGGAGCCCCCUCCAGUUCACACUCCUACAUAAGGCAACACCACCAAACAUUCUUAUUAAACAUUUUCCGCAGAAUCACAUCUUUCAGAACACGUAGCCUACUAAAACACUUUACAAACAUAUGUGGAGCUGUCAAACCAACGAAGAGGACAACUGAAUUACGCCGAAAGGACAUAAUAAAACAGUGUCAUCGGUCAUGGAGGGUGUGUCUCGUGCUAACAGUCUCUUCGCUCUGGAUCUCUAUCGGGCUUUGAGCGCGAGCAACGCUGAGGGAAACAUGCUCUUCUCUCCACUGAGCAUCAGCGCAGCGCUCAGCAUGGUCUACCUGGGAGCCCGAGGAGAGACAGAUGAAGAAAUGGCCAGAGUUUUGUCCUUUAGUUCUGUCUCCGAUGUUCACUCUCAUUUUGAGACCCUCACCUCAACUAUUAACAGUCCAUCAGCCUCCUACAUCAUAAUAAUGGCAAACCGUCUCUAUGGAGAGAAGACCUUCAGCUUCUUACCUGAGUAUUUGGAGUCCACUCUGAAGCUGUACCACGCUGACCUUCAGGCUGUGGACUUCAUUGGAGCAUUUGACGAGUCACGACAGCUCAUUAACAAAUGGGUGGAAGAGCAGACAGAGAAUAAAGUUAAAGAUCUUCUCAAGCCUGGAAUGUUGACCGGGAUGACCCGACUAGUUCUAGUUAAUGCCAUCUACCUCAAAGCGAACUGGAUCCACACAUUUAAUGUAACAGAAACUGAAGAAAUGCCAUUUAAAAUAAAUCAGAAUGAGAGCCGGCCUGUGCAAAUGAUGUACCAGGAGAGGAAUUUCUACUUCAGAUACAUCCCAGAGUAUGAAGUGCAGGUGCUGGAGUUACCAUAUGUAAUGGAAGAGCUCAGCAUGUUCAUCCUUCUUCCAAAUGAAACUCAGGAUGGCUCUGACCCUCUUCUAAAGCUGGAAAGUGAGUUGACCCUUGACAAGCUGCUUGACUGGACUGAAAGAGACAAAAUGACUAUGCAGAUGACUAUCAAAGUCCAUUUGCCAAAGUUCAGGCUGGAGGUUGAGAACUCCCUAUCAGAAAUAUUGCAAAAGAUGGGUAUGAGCUCUGUGUUCCAGGAAACAAAGGCUGAUCUGACAGGCAUGAGCAGUAAAGGUGGUCUCUUCCUUUCAGCAGUGAUCCACAAGGCUUUUAUUGAAGUCGAUGAGGAAGGCACUGAGGCAUCAGCAGCCAAUGCAGUGUUUUUGUUAGGCAGUUGCCGUAAAACACAAUUUCAGAGUUUUACAGCAGAUCACCCCUUCUUGUUCUUCAUCAGGCACAACACCACUAACAGCAUCGUCUUCCUUGGCAGAUUCAGAGGCCCUUCCUAAAAAUUUACUUUUUCUGUUACACCCAAAUGUGUUUUUCUUUGAAUGUUUUAUCAAAUAACCAAACAUUUCACAAUAUGUAUUUGGGGAAUCUCCCUUUAACCACAUCAGUGUUUGAAAAUGAUCUUUAAAUUGUAUCUUUGUCUCAGGUAGUUGUACUACAGAUGAAAAAAUAGACAGCAUAGUAGUGCACUAAAAUGUUUUGUAUUUUUCCUGUUAAAUUUUUUAAUAAAAGCAUAAUUCCCUUUUUCAGAUUUGAAAAAUAAUAUAACUAAAUUAGAAUUGAGUUUCAUUAAACAGCAGCAUUAAAACAGUGACAGUGAGGGGAGCUAAAAUCCAAAGAAAUGAUGUUGCUGCAACAUUAUGAUGUAAAACGUUUAUAACGCAGUUCUAUAUAUAGUCUACUAUAGCUUUCUGAGUUAAAGAUGAAAUGGGGUGUGAUAAAGAGAGUGUAUAUUUAGGCUGUUUUCGGCCACAGCUAUGAUGUACACUGCCUGUCAUACACCAGAGAACUCGAUACAGCAGAAACACACACAGGGAGGGGCCUUCUCAACAACAUACAGCAAGAGCUCCAUAACAGCUAAGAUCAUUAAACAAAUUUAAUGAUCUUUUAGAAAAUCCAGUGAACAUUUGAACACGUUAGAAUAAUUUAUAAACUUGUGCAAUUGGGCACAGAAGCAAAGUGCCAACUCAAGAAGAGGACAACCGAAUUACUGCAAGAGGACAUCCUUAAAAAACAUAAAAUGUUACAUUUACACUCGUUGGCACCUAACAGUGUUUUUCGAGAUGGUUGCAUAACAAUGGUAAUCAGCUGGUGUUUGGGUUUUUAUUAGUCGCAGUGUCGUCAGUCAUGUAUGGAAUGCCAAAUAAAAAAUUAUAAAUAAAUAAAUAAA